CCGCCCCGGCCCCGCCCGCUCCCGUCCCGCUCGUCGGCGCACCGGACGGACAGACUGCCCCUCAGGACGUGCCUCGCGAGCGGUACCCAGAGGCGAGGUCGAGACCCCGGCCGGGAGUCCCCCGAUACCCCCGGCCCCGUCUCCUGGGGACACGGCCUCGGAGGGCUUCUCGGAGGUGGCGGCGGCCUCGGCCUCGGCCUCGGUGCGGCAGGGGGAGGGAAGGGAGGCCGACUCCCUCCGCUACCCGCUGAGCCCAGGUAGAAGGGCUAAGCUGAGCCGCCCGCUGAGCCCAGGUAGAAGGGCCGAGCUGAGCCGCGGCUCCUCCACGCCCUGGGGAUGGCAGCCAUUCUCCUGACCACGAGACCCAAGGUGCCAGUAUCUUUUGAGGACGUGUCCGUGUACUUCACAAAGACAGAAUGGAAGCUUCUGGACCUCAGACAAAAGGUCCUCUACAAGCGGGUGAUGCUGGAAAACUAUAGCCAUUUGGUGUCACUGGGGUUUUCCUUCUCCAAGCCUCACCUGAUCUCCCAAUUGGAGCGAGGGGAAGGACCCUGGAUAGCAGACGUCCCCAGAACCUGGGCCACCAGAGGAUUGCUCAUAGGUGACAGGACACAGAGCAUGACAUCAACUUCAACGGAGAAGCAUUCUGGACGACAACUCCCCGGGGCUGAUCCACAAGGUGGCAAGGAGGGGCAGGCAGAAAGGUCGUCUGUGCUGCAGAGAGGUGCCCAAGGGUUGAGGCCCAGCUCAGCCACAGGGUCGCAGGGCCACAAAGGUGCAGAGAAGCGGUACCUGUGCCAGCAGUGCGGGAAGGCCUUCAGCCGCAGCUCCAACCUCAUCAAGCACUUCAUCAUCCACAGUGGCGAGAAGCCUUACGCGUGUCCCGAGUGCGGCAAGCUGUUCCGCCGCAGCUUCGCGCUCCUGGAGCACCAGCGCAUCCACAGCGGCGAGAAGCCCUACGCCUGCCCCGAGUGCAGCAAGACCUUCACGCGCAGCUCCAACCUCAUCAAGCACCAGGUCAUCCACAGCGGCGAGUGGCCCUUCUCCUGCGGUGACUGCGGCAAACUGUUCCGCCGCAGCUUCGCCCUCCUGGAGCACGAGCGCGUGCACAGCGGCGAGCGGCCCUACGCGUGCCCCGAGUGCGGCAAGGCCUUCAGCCGCAGCUCCAACCUCAUCGAACACCAGCGCACGCACCGCGGCGAGAAGCCCUACUCCUGCGGCCAGUGUGCCAAGGCCUUCAAGGGCGUCUCGCAGCUCAUCCACCACCAGCGCAGCCACAGCGGCGAGCGGCCCUUCCAGUGCCGCGAGUGCGGCAAGGCCUUCCGUGGCCGUUCGGGCCUCAGCCAGCACCGGCGCGUGCACAGCGGGGAGAAGCCCUAUGAGUGCAGUGACUGCGGCAAGGCCUUCGGCCGGCGCGCCAACCUCUUCAAGCACCAGGCAGUGCACGGCGCCAGGCGCCCAGCGAAGGCCAAAGCAGAGAUGGCGCGGCGGCGAGCGGGAUCCAGGAGCGCCAGUCCUGGGAGAGCAGUGGCGGCCAGUAGCCCCCCGCGGGUGAGCGCAGCUUCCAAGCCUUCCAGGCCCAGCCGCCGCUGACUCCCUGCCAGCGCACCCAGGGCGCUGCAGGCCGCCGUGGGGGGCCUUCCCGGGGACGUCGAGGCUCAGCCCCCUUCGGGUGGGAAGAACGCCCUCCCAGGGCCGCGACAGCAGUCACAACCCUGACAUCUUUGGCCAUCAGAAGACCCCAGGCAGAGCCUCACCCUGAGGCUGAGAAACGCGCGAGGGACUCAGAACAGAGGAAUGCACCCUUCCCACGGGGCCACCUGCCCUGGCUCCUCUGCUGAGGACGGUGCAGACUGCCGACAGAGGCCUCUACUCCCUCCAGAGUCCUGGGUCUUGCAACUCAGGCACAGAGGCGGCACCUGGGGCACUCGUCCCCAAGCCACAGGUACUGUGGUGUGUGCACAGGCCUGCGUGGAGGGGAUGCCUGCUGCCGGUAAGGACAAGGCCACGUGAGGUCAGUGAAGCCAGCCAGCCGGGGCACGCUGGCUUUAGGUUAAGAGGAGUGAUCCAUUUCCUCCCUGAGGGUCGUUCCCCUCGCCCUAAAAGUUGUUAAGUGUUCCCAGGUAGAAGAUACUGAAAGCACUUUAAUCCUUUAAGAGCUUAUAUUGUGGGUGGGGGAGGCUCCCUGAAUGUGGGCACCAGACGGAGGACUGUGCCCGAAAACUCAUACCUUGUCUGGGUGCCCCCAGCUGCUUCUGGGAGGAGGAGCAGUGCCUAGAGCCCGUCAUCCCUGAGCACAGUGGCUCUAGGAAUGGCUGGCCCAGGACCCGCAGAAAGGAUAAGACCCGGGGACUCUCAGCAUCCCCUCUCUGGGAGAGGAGCCCUUCCCUUCUGGUCACUCACAUUUGGACAUUUGCAGCUAGCCAUCCUGCUGGCUUCGGUUUCCCCCCUGCCCACCCACUGCCUUCUGCCACCCAGACCCCACCAGCAAAGGCCACCCUGGCCUCUCUGUCCCUUGUCCCCUGCCCUGCCCUACCACCAGUGCCUAAAUCUUCACACUUACCUGCUCCUCCCCGUCAGGCAGCUUCUCUUUUGGCUGGGGAUGAUUAGGAGAAAAGCCAGAUGGGUUAGGAAUUUGCACUUAGGCAACAGAGCAAGCCCAGUAACGGAUGUUUCAUUGAAUGUCUUUUAGUGACAUUUUGUAGAAUAUUGGACGUUCUGUUGCUUUGAAUGUUUUUUGUGUUCAGGGUUAAUGUACAUUGAAAAUAGAGAUUUUGCCAUAUCAGAGUGUCAGGGAAUCACUCCCUAAAUAAGAGUCCCCCCAACCCUCUGAGAAGGAAGACCUCAGGCAGGAGAAAGGGAGCCACUCCAGGCCUGCCCCCGAUGAGUAUGGUGGCAAGCCUGGCCCCUCUUCUCCCCACAACAAUGCAGUCCACCCUUCCUCCCCUUAGCCCUGCAGAGACAGGGAAGACCCUUCAAAUGUCACUUUACUGAAAGCCAAGGGGAAUUCUCAAGGAAAAAACUCAGGGCUGACAGACGUAGCUGCUGGCAGACCUUGUCCUAGCCCCCCAGCCCUGUCCCCAAAUCUGGGCCCAGGAACUCUGCCCCUUGGUGCUCUCAGCCCAGUGUCCUGGUCAGCUGCCACCCCCUUCCAGCCCUGUCCCCUCCCAGGGAAGAGGGGAUUUGUCAUCUACAAGGGCUGAAGGCAGGCGGAUGGUAGGUGCGGUGGAGAAGGUGUUCAGAGACAGCUGCCUCCGAUCAGGAGAGUGUGGGAAGACCCGAAAAUACAGGAUUCCCUCAGAGAAUGCUGCUUUGGAGUGCCAGUCAUUUCUGGACAACUCCAGAAACGUUACACACACACACACACACACACGAGCGC